AUUCAUAUAGCAUGUAAUAUUCCUCCACACCAAUACACGCAUGCUUCUGUACGAACUAAUUUAUUCUUGGGCAGCUCGCCGGAAUAAAAAUAAUAAUUAAGUCGUAUGCAAGUGGGAAAAUUAAAUAUCUACUCAAAUGAAAAUAAAAAUUAUACAACAACCACAAGCGGGUUGACGUUGACUAUGAAGCAGCAAGUCGUCGACUGUGUUAGUGUUACAUCCUUCCCUGUACCAAAGGUAUUCUCCCCAUGGCGGAAUCCAUCCUUGCUUCCUUGAUCCAUGGCAUAGCAUCCCUGCUUACGCAUACAGUAGCCGACCAUGGCCGUCGCCUCCUGGCCACAGGCCAGGAUGUCUGCUGGCUCCGCGACGAGCUCCACAGCAUGCAGCUUUUCCUGCACGAGGUGGAGACGUGCAGCGGCGAUGGCAGCGCGACCACAGAAGCAUGGGUCCACCAGAUGAGGGACAUCAUGCUUGAUUCGGAGGACGUCUUCGAUGUCCUGGAUGCUAAUCAGGUGCGUGCUUGCAGCAUCCUCGGUGACUUGAGAGCAUGGAGCAAAGUCGAGGCUCAGAUCAGGCGCAUCAAGAAGCAGCUGAGCGACAUCUCUCGCCGUCGGUCUGAGUACCCAAACCUGACCAACAACAACGACCCAGAAGACUCCAGUGAUAAGAUCAUUGGUCUCUUAACCUCGUCUCCCCUAGUUCAUGACAAAGAUACUGUAGGCCUAGAUAGAGACCUGGACGCGUUGCUUCAGCAUGUUUUGGGUGAGGAAUCAGAGCUGAGCGUCAUGUCCUUGGUUGGCAUGGGUGGUGUUGGGAAGACCACGCUUGCCAAGAAGGUGUACAACCACCCAGAUGUGAAGAGGCACUUCGAUCGCAGUUCAUGGGUGUAUGUUUCAAAUAAGAUGGAGCUGCGAGGUGUCCUUCGUGAGAUGGCCAGGGGGCUGGUGAAGAUCCCCUCUGCCGAGGCAAACUCUCUCAGUGAGGGGCAACUCCAAGAACUGCUCUUGAGUGGCCUCAGAGGUAUGCGGUUUUUGCUUGUGCUUGAUGAUGUCUGGGAGAAAGGGCUCUGGGAUGUGAUCAAGCUGGUAUUGCCUAAGAAUGGCAUGAGCCGGGUCCUUAUGACAACACGCAACGUUGUCGUGGCUACAUCAGUUAUCGAUGUGAGAAGCGAUGUCCAUCGACUUCAGCCAAUGACAUUUGGAGAUUCCUACAAUUUGUUUUGCAGAAAGGCAUUCUUGACAGAUGGGGUGUGCCCUGAUGAUUUGAUAGAAACCGCUAAGGACAUUGUGAGGAAGUGUGUUGGUUUGCCCCUUGCUAUAGUUGCUGCAGGGAGCAUGAUGUCAAGGAAGAAAAAAAAUACCGAAUGGACUUCUGUCUUGGAGAGUAUUCAGAAGGACUUAAGCAAUGGUGAAAUGGGAGUCCACCAAGCACUCCUUUUAAGCUACAAGGAUCUUCCACACCCUUUGAAGCCAUGUUUUCUGCUGCUUUCUGUCAUUCCAUAUGACUCAGAGAUCUCACGGAAGAAAUUAGUUCGACUAUGGAUUGCUGAAGGGUUUGUGAAAAAGAAAAAUGACGAAACACUUGAAACAACUGCAGAGAAGUACCUCAUGGAGCUCAUUGACAGAAGCAUGAUAGAAACAUCGGUCAUUAGCAGCAGCGGGAGAGUUAAAGCAUGCAGAGUUCAUGAUCUUGUUCACGAUCUCGCCAUCUCGCUGUCUGAAAAUGGAAACUUUUCUGUCAUUUGUCAUGAUAAAGGUGCAAGCACUAGUGCUCGGCGCAUUUCAUUACGGACAUCUCAUGUGCAAUUCCACAAAGAACACAAGAAAAAAUUGCGAUCUGUUUUCAUGUUCAAUGCUAGUGCACCUGUUGUAUUGAAAAGCAACAUUGUUGCAAAGAGAUUUAAACUGGUAAGAAUUUUGGAUUUAGAAAAUGCCAAUGUGCUAAAACUUCCAAAAGAGAUAGGAGGACUACUUCACUUGAGGUAUCUUGGGCUAAGAGGAACAAAAUUGAAGAAGCUCCCAAGAACACUGCAGAAACUCUAUCACUUGCAAACUCUUGAUAUCAGGAAGACUUGGAUAAAUAUAAUUGCAUUUCAAAUCAAGUGUUUGAGGAAUUUAAGAAACCUAGAGAUGAAGCAAGAUGGCAGAAGCAUCAAGGUCCUGACAGGACUUGCCCAGCUUGGUGAACUCCAAGUACUAACUGGUUUGCAAGCAAGUGCAACCGUUGUUCAUGAGAUUGCAAACCUUACUAAGCUUCAAAAGCUUUCUGUAGAGGACUUAAACAAUGAGGAUGCAGAAAAGCUGUGUUCUUCAGUAAACAAUAUGAAAGAACUAUCAUACCUAUCCAUCUUCUCAGGUGAUGCCAUCAGACCUCUUGACAUUGCAACAUUGAAGCCUUCAUCAUGUCUACAGAAGCUGCACAUAGCUGGACCAUUGCAGAAAUUGCCAGUUUGGUUCACUCAGUUAGAUAAGCUUACAAAGCUACGCUUGAGCUUCUCAAAACUGGAAGAAGAUCCACUUUCAGUUCUCGCCCAAUUGCCAAAUCUGCUAUUCCUCCAGCUGAACAAAGCAUACCAGGGAAAAGUGAUGAGAUGCUGCUGUCCAGGCUUUCCAAACCUGAAAAUAUUUAUCAUAACUGAACUUGAGGAGCUGGAGGAAUGGGAUGUCGAUGAAGGAGCCAUGCCCUGUAUACAGGAAGUGUGGAUCAUGUCAUGUGAAAAUCUAGCAACAGUUCCUACUGGGUUGCAGUCUCUUACUACAUUGCAGAGACUGAGAUUGGUGGGCAUGCCAAGCUCGUUUACUGAUAGAUUGGGAGAACUUAGUGAAGAUUUUGUUAGGGUCAAACACAUCCCAUCUAUCCAGAUCAUUCAACAAUAUGGGUAACUGUUUAGGCCAUUGCUUAUAGGACUUCAAAGACAAUCAUAUUGUAACAAAAGGUUUUUUUGAUUUCUUGUUCUCCUGGGUUCAACUGUAUUUUUUUUCGUGAUCAGGGUUAUAGCCCGUGUUUCGUCAAGAGGAAUAGAGUUUAACGACA